AUGUCAGGUGACAGACUGGCGCCGUGGCGCAAAACUGGGCGCAAAGCUGAUGGGCGUCACUUUGAAGGACUUGAAGAAGGAUGCCUGUUUGAAUUUGCGGCCUAUGACAACAGGCAUCAACAGCAAGGACGUGGACUUGGAUGCAUUGGCGGAAGAGCCAUAGAGACCCACAUCGAUGGAGGCCAGGUGUAUACUGGCCAGGUUCUUGCUUUGGAAGAUGGCUACUACGAGUAUUGGUUUGAUGAGACAUUUGGGAAGAUUGAAGAGCUGCCUCAGGUGAUUUUCCACUUUUGUGAUGUUCCUGAGAACCGCUGCCAGAGCCCUACAGCAUAUCGCGACGCAAUUCAUGUGGACGUGUUUCGUCUGCUGAUGGCCAAGCAGGCUGAGAGACUGCACUGGCUGUCUGAUGGAUGCCGAGAGCGUGUCAGGAAGCAUCCAGCUGUGGUCAGUGGGCUGGCCGCUGCUGAAGGGGGGGUUCCUCCCCCUGGAGGUGCUGGCCAGCCUGCUGUCCCUGAGGCGCAAGAUGUGCAGGUGGGCAUUCCUGGUGUUGAAGGCCUGGCCAGGGCGCUCGGGACUGGAGCUGCUCCAGCCAAGGCGACAGGCGCUGAGGCCAAGUCCAGCUCUGAAUCAGAGCAUGAGAAGAAGAGAGCCAGGAAGAAAGAUAGGCCCAAGCAUGGAGAUCAUGAACAUCGAGAAGCCUUGGAGAAGCGUGAGCCGGCAGAACCUCGCUUGUCUGCCCUUGACCUUGCCAUCAAAGACAAGAAGGAGAAGAAGGAUGGCGGCAAGAAGAAAUCAAAGAAGAGAGAUUCUUCAAGCAGUCGACGAUCACCCUCAACCAGCUCCAGUAGUGGCGAGCUUUUUCAUUCAGCCGCCCUCCCACGAGGCCUGGAACGCCUCCGCCGGGUGCACCAGAAGAAGCCAGGACGUCUGGCAUCGUUGACCCUCCAGAGAAUGAGGGAGCUGGUGCAACAGGCGCAGGGGAGGGGAACGGCGGAGAUGGAAGAAGACCAACUCCCGGCGACAGCCACAGGGUACCUAUCCAACGUGUUCCUGGUCACGCAUCCUCCGGCCACGGUCAACCUGCGGACACUGAAAGAGCUGCGGACAGUGGCCGCAGUCAUCGACCUCCUUUGCCACAACGACCCCCUCCGAGGGCUGGACAUCUUAACACAGCGCUUCAAGGCGCUCGAGCUAGCUCACAAACAGCAGUCAUGGACACAAGCCACUCAGCUCGAGCUCAUCAUGAACGACGAUCUGGGAGCCGUGUUCCGUCCAGAGCUUCGCGCAGCCCAAAGCGAAGUCAAGGAAGACAUGAAGAUUCAGAGAGGGCCUUACCGGCCAGCCAGGCCAAACAAUUGGCAGACUCAGACUUGGGCGGCAGAGGCACCGGCGAACGAGGGCAAAGGCGACGACACCAAGGAAGGUCCACCGCUGAACAGCCCCGCAAAAGGCGGAGGAAAGAAAGGCAAAGGAAAGGGGAAGAAAGGCCGUGCGUUGGCUGGGCCCGAGAUUGAUGAAGCCACCCGAGCACACUAUGAGCAGCUGUGCCGAGAUGUUCGACUGCACAGGCUGUAUGCAGCAGUUCUUGCAAGCUAUGCCAAGAUUGAAGAUCGUGAGACGAUUUACAAGGAUUUUUCAAUGCUGCUGGUGGAAUGGCGUGAGCAUCCAGUGGAGACCACCCUGAAACUUGUGGAAGCAUACUAUCACCCCCUAGUCACCGAAGGAGGACUGGCUGGGGACAGAAGCUUCAGUAGAGUCACUCCAAGCCGCCAGGUGGAUCCGCGCCUUGGCAAGAUGGCUGGAAGGAAGCAACGCGCCAUGGAAGGGAAACUCCUUGGAGUUGUUGGUUCAACUCAGGUGCGAGAGUUGUUCACUGGGUGGGAUGCUUCAGAUGGAGGAGUUUAUGUUGGAGCUGGUAGUGAGUUGUUCCCCACUUCGAUCUUCCAGGAAAACUUUGCUGACAACAUAUCUGUUCAAGAUGCUGGACGGGUUCUGGAUGGCAGACCUCUGUACGUUGACUCGGGCCAGUUUGCUUCUGCUGCAGAUGUGGUGGACAAGUUCUCAGUUGAUGGCAAGAAGCACACUUGGACUUGGGAGACUUGUCAGGAGGCAUUGCGUGGGCUGAUGCAUGGCAAGGUCUCUGUCUCUUUGGCUGGGGUGGUUCUGAAGACGAUUGUCAGAAACUGCCCUGGGCACUUGGGCAACAUCGUCCGCAUGCUGCCUGGCUGCGCUAGAAGGCAUUUUAGACAGAGCCCUGUCGAGGUGAUGCCUAUUGCAACGCCUGAGGAUUCCCAAGCUGAAGUCCGCUUGAAGAAGCUCUUGUUUGAUGACAAAGGCCCCCGCCAACUGACUGGGGCAGAGCGGGCCCAGGCCAAUGAACUUGCCAUGGGAUGUGGCACUGAGGUAUGGCUGGGGCUUGCCCUGGACGUCCUCAACGCCAUGUUCUGUGGUGGUUCAAGGCCAUUGGGAAAACUGAUGCCACACCCCAAAGUAUGGACUCCCGAGCAGGAGCACAUUGUCUCUCAGCUGAGAAGCGAGAUUGAGCUGUGGACCUCGGCAGAAGGGGCUGAGAUUGAGCUGGCGCCCUGGGAGUCUGUGUCUCAAGGCUUGGGAGACUUCUACACGGGCUUUGAGGUCACCAAGGCUUACAAGCUGAGUUGGAAGGCUAUUGAGCCUCAUGUGCCGGGUCCGGGAGAAGCAGGACGUGUGACGCUGGCAGAGACAGUGGCACCAGAGCUUAGAGACUAUGUUCUGGACCCUGAGCUGCUGCGCAUCCCCGAUGAUGAGUUGGGUGAAAUCAAGCACUCAGCCCCCGUCUUGGUGGAGUCCAAUGCUGAGUAUGACCUGAUAGUGGAGAACCUGGUGAAGGCUGGAAUGUUCGAGAGGGAGGUCGAGGCAGAGACGCUGAAGGUGUUGGACAAGCCGGUGUACAACGGCAUGUUCGGCGUGCACAAGUCCUGGAUUGAUCAGGGGCAAGGUGAAUGGAUGAGAACGCUGAGACUCAUCAUAAAUCUUAUCCCAUCCAACCUGACGCAAAGAAGAAUGCCCCAGCAGCCCUCCAAGCACAUGGGCUAUGCCCCGUUGUGGGGCAGCAUGGCGCUGCUGGAUGGAGAGGUGAUCCUUUCAUAUGGGGAGGACGUGCGACACUGUUUCCAUAUCUUCGCUCCCGGUGAGAAAUGGCGGGGGUAUUUCGUGCUCUCCAAGAAGGCUUCUGGAAAGAGCUUUGGAGACGGUGUCAACACACCAGCGCGGCCCAGAGUGCGGUCAGCGCCAAUGGGUUGGGCAAACAUGGUGGACUUUGUGCAAUCAUCCUUGGAACGGAUGGGCAGCUUAGCUGGCAUUCCAGCCACCCGCUGCGUACGCAUGGGAGAACCUUCCCCACUGCUGGAGUUGUCAACACCACGACAUUACCACAGCUUCUACGUGGACAACUAUGACGGAUUCACCGUGGUGGCUUCCACAGACCUUGGUUUGUACGAAGGAAAGCCAUCUGAUGCUCAACUUCGGCUGCGUGAGGUCUUCCAGACCUGGAGCAUUGGCCGUGAUGAGAAGAAGGCAGCGGAAGGUACGCUGUCCUGGACUAGCCUGGGAGCUGAGCAGUUGGGGCCGGAAGGUCUGGUGGGAAGCUCACGGAAGUUCCGGCGUGCAGUGCUGGGAAGCUGCCUACAUCUGUUGAAGAUGCCCUACCUGAAAACAUCUGACCAAGAGCUGCUGUCAUUGGUGGGGAAACUGAUGCAUGCAGUCCAGUACUGUCAGCCGCUGGCAUGUGUGUUUGACGAGCUGUACCGCAACUUGCAGAUCAACGACCCGGAGAUUGAAGUUGACAUUGGCGCCAUGGAGGAACUACUGAUGCUUUGUGGCCUCCUUCCGCUGAUGUGGACAUCUCAACGGUCAGUGCUAAAUGCAACAGCAUAUGCCACGGAUGCUUCACCGGAUGGCGGAGGGGCCUGCCAGACGACUUCACUGAGUCCAAGGGGCAGAGCAAAGCUUCAUUUGAUGUGCUCGGAAGCUCAAGGACAAGAGGGGGGAGCUUGUGACUCUGUCCUCCUCAUUGAGAUGUUUGGUGGCAUGGGGGGCCUCAGACGAGCUGUUGAAUUGCUCGGAGUUCUACCUCAAGGAAUUAUCCUGGUGGACUCGGACCCUCUGUGUAUCAAGCUGGCAAAGAGACACUGUGCCUAUGUCAUCACUGUGGACAAUAUCAACAAAGUCGACAAGGCCAUGAUCCGAAGCUGGAGAGCUCAAUUCCCAAGGGCCAACAUGGUUCUGGUGGGUGGCGGUUGGCCUUGCGGGCAGAAGCAGCAUGAGUUGAAGAAGGUCAGCAGGCCCCUACGACUGCCGGACUGGAAGGUUGUGGAGUUUUAUGAAAACGUGGUUAUGGAUGAAGCAGACUUGACCACGCAAUCGCAGAAGAUUGGCAAACUGCCAGUCCUGAAUGAGGCAGCUGACGUCUUACGGUGCCGCAGGCCACGCCUUUACUGGCUCAAAGGGUUGGAGAUGAUCUUAGGAUCUGAUUUGGAACUCCUUGAAAAUCAGACCGUGGGAGAGCUGCAGACCAAGCUGACGGUGGCAAAGAUCUCAAGUUCCAAGCCCCCAAUGGAGUGGUUCCUUCGAAAGGACUGCAAGAAAUUCAGAGACGAAGGCCGGCCGUUCUUCACCUUUGCUCGACCUGUCCCACGAGCUGAGGCACCAAGAGAUCCUGCAGGAUACGAGCGGUGCGAUGCCAAAACACUUGGAAGAUGGCGAGGAGAUUCGUAUCGCUUGGCGCCAUACCAAUACUCUGAGGACAACCUGGUCAUGACAGGACAUGGACCCAGGCGCCUGCUUUCAGAUGAGCAGUGGCGCAUGUUGGGGUACAAUUCAGAUGCCCUGGACUUCAAACAAAAGCUGUCAGAAGAUCAACGGGGACAGCUGAUCGGGAACACAUUCCCUGUGUUGGUGGUGGCAAGACUUUUGGCGGCUCUGGCUGUCCCAGCGAAUGUGUGCGAGGGACAGGACCUCUCUGCCCUUCUGUGGCAGGUUUGGAAAAGCAAUGAGGACAAAGUCCAGCAGCUGAAAGAGGCUUCAUGGUCUCAGCGGUUUGGGCCGGCGGCCACGGGAGUCGUGGGGGGCUUGCGGCACUUGCUUGUUCAGGUGCCUGUGGGCCCUUCGCAGUCCCCGCGGUCGCUCCUGGACCCAAGUGAUGCGCUCACUGAUGAGCAAUUGCUGGUCUACCUCAUUACCCGUAACGUUUCACACCGUGGUACUGACGUCAACCUUGACCACGGAAUGCCCUUUUCAUCAAGUGACUUUUGCAGAAGAUCGGUUGACCCUAGCCACUGGCAAUGGAAGGUCACCCUCUCCUACAAGUGGAAGCAGCCUCAUGCCCACAUUACUCAGCUGGAGACGGUGGCUGUCCUCGACCUGCUGAGAAAAAUGAUGCGCUCUAAGGACAAUCAAAAGCGCAAGACGCUGCUGUUGGUGGACAAUGCUUCCGUCGUUGGCAUCCUGGCCAAGGGACGGACGACAGCUACCUCCUUGAGACAACCCCUGCGCCGCAUUGCUGCCAUUUUGGUGGCAACCUCUAGCCGCCUGGUCGUGGCCUGGAUCAAGAGCGAGUGGAAUCCGGCCGAUGGCCCAUCUCGAUGGGUCGUCCGACGUGCGAAGACCGAUGCCUAA